AUGACGGCCAGGGUGCCCCCCCUCGCUGGGGGCUGGCACGCACGCCUCGUGCUCUGGCUCGCGGCGCUGGGCGCCGCGCUGGGCAGCGGUCACAUGACGGGGGUUGGCGGCAGGGAGGCGUUCAUAGGCACCUACAACCCGCAGAACCUGGUCUCGCCCGCGAGGGUCGACGCGGUCUCGGCCGCGCUCAAGAGCAUCGGGAUCGUGGGCUUGCCAGGCACUUGCGUUCGGGCCUGGCACAGCGAACCCCAUCAUCGAGCGGGGGCCCCUUGCCACCACGUGAUCCACUUCGGCUGGACUCGAUCGGCCAUGGUGAACAAGGCGUGCGGGCGCACGAUCCUCCUGUCGAAGCGGUACUUUCAUGCGACGAGCAUCAGGAGGAUCAUCCCGCCGCCAGACGGCCUCAGAGGCAGAGGGGGCAUCGUCUACGUGGAGUCGGGCCCGUUGCUCUUGGCCCUCUGCGUCCUCUACUACCCGCCCCGACCGUCUCGCCCAGGGGACGCCAAGCUCUGGAAGACCACGAGCUCGCGCCUCACCGCCUGGGCUCGGGACGAGCUCCUCCAGGUGCCCUACCGCUUCACACCUGUGAUCUUGACGGACCUCAACUCUGGGCUGCGCCGCCGAGGAGAUGACGACCACGCCGCGGGCCCCUACGGCAGCGAGCGAGAGUCCUACAGUGGCCAGUUGUUCCACGAGCUGCUCACACAGAUGAAGCUGACGGCAGUCAACACGCAUUGGGACACGGGCCACACGUUCUUCGGCAUGGGCGGGUCGUCCUCGCAGAUAGACUUCGUGUGUCUCCCGCAGUCAGCGCUCAAAUUAGUGAGGUGGACGUGUUCGUGGAAGCGCACGGGCGAGUCCAUCAGGGCGAUGAACACCAUCCUCGACCACGUCCCAGUCGUGGUGAAGUUAUUGGCAGUGGCGCCCGUGGACCCCCGCCCGCUGAGAGAACGCUGGGAUCGGCAAAGCCUGGCGGGGGCGGUCCUCACGGGCGCAGGACGCGAGGAGUUCUUGGUCGAGGCCCACAAUGCUCUACUUGAAGUGGAGAGGUCCCUCGACGUCCUAGAGUCCCGCCCGACCGCGAACGGCCACACCACCCUCACGAUGGCCACGCUGCGGCAGGUUGCACUGAAGCACUUCUCUCAGCAACAGAGGCGUCCUGACUACGAGCACGAGCUGGAGGAGCGGAAGUGGGAGUACCUCAAGCGGAGGCGCGGCCUGCUGGAGCAGGCCAAGGCGGCUGACCUCGAGCAGGCGCGGCGCGACCCGAUGCAGACCGAGAUGCGCAGCCUGGACGACGCCAUCCGCAGCUACACGCGCGCCCUGCAUUCGCUCCGCAGGCGGCGCAACCGAGAGCGGCAGCUGCACCAGGAGAUAGAGCUCAGACAGGCGUGGCGGGCCCGCGACAUGCACGCGGCCCCGCGGCUGGCGAGGACGUUGGCGCGCACGGGCAUAAGGGGUCAAGAGCCGCAACUACCGUGCGCACGCGUCCUGCAACCCCACGGGCGACGAGUGGAUCGAGUACUUGGCCCAGCCUGCGCUGGCAGGAGGGCUCGCGGGCCGCCCUGUGUCUCUGUCCCCGUCUGCCACAACCUCACCGACGCCCACUUCCAGGCGCUCAGGGAUACCGACGAGUACGCUAACCCUGACAACUACGAGGUGCCCCAGGCGACGCUGAAGAAGGCGCAGCAGGACCUCGGGAUGACCCUGAAGGCGCUGCGACGCACGAAGAUUGGAAAGUUUGCCCCUUCGUGGUCCUGCCCGUCGGAGAUUUUCAAGAUGCCGGUCGCCCCAGCAUGGAUCAGCGCCCCCGCCAACUAUGCGAAGCAAACGGCGGGCCUGGGGCCCCGCCCAGCCGCCAUCUUCGAGGAGAACCCCCAGGGGCCCGACCCGUGCGCGCGGAACCAGCUGCCCCACCUUGAGCAGUACGGCGAGCCCCGCCGUCGCUUGUUCCGCCUCGUCCUCCGCGCACGCCGCGUGCGGCAGCUGCCGCAGCAGGCGCCCAUGUCGUUCGGCUUCGCCCCCGGCAAGAAGAAUGGCAAGCCAUGCCCAGGCGGCCGACGCUUGGUCCACUGCAUGUGCAGCUGGUGGCGUGCAGUCGUUCGUGGAGGUCUCUUGCGAGGAGGUGCCUUUCGCCCUCCCGAGUGGGCCUUCGCGGGUCGCGCCCGUCAGCGCGAACACUUGAUGCUGGCCGCCCGCGUCGCGGCGUGGAAGGGCCACCAAGCUGGGCAACCCAUGCUGCACAAGAGCUUCGAUGCGACCAAUGCCUUCGGCUGCGGCGACAAGGGCCAGAUCGAGCAUGGCGCCCGCCUCCGACUGGAGACGGCCGCCGAGGAGGUCGAGGAGGAUGACGUGGACUACGUGACGACGAUCUCCAGGCUCAGGCGCCAGUCGCUGACGGUGGCCAUCUCGGGUUCGGACCACGAGCCCGAACUCUUCAUGAGCAACUGCCACAUCGCGGUCCAGAAGCGGGCCCUCGUGGACCAGGCGGCCACUGGCGAGGCGAUCGUGAUCAACUUCGAUGACCGCCUGCCCACGAUUGACGCGAGCCUGGGGUGCUUCAUGGAUGACAUCUUCAAAACGCAGCUCGUCCCGCCCACCGCGCGCGCGGCCCAGCAGGUUGCGCGGUGCUCCCAGCGGAACGAUGCAGGUCUCGACGCUGCGCUUGCUGCGCGGCAGUACGGCCAGAACCGAGCGAAGCAGGACGUAGUUGUCUCGUUGGGUUCGCGGCAGCUGGUCCGCCAGGCCAUCCAGGCCCUGGCCAGGAGUGGGUGCCGCAGUGGCUACGAGCUCAAGCACCUGGGGGGCUGGUUCAACGCGGCGAACUCCAACGCGACGGAGCUGGCCAUGCGCCUGGCGGCGAUCAACAAGGGCUGGAUGAUGGUGCAGGGCUUCUGGUACUCCUCCGCCCCCAAGCGCGUCAAGCGCCUCCUGUUCAUCAGCCUGGUGUCGGGGGCGGCCUUGUCGGGCACCGCGGCCUACUGCUGGGCCGACUCGGAGGCUCGCCAAAUUUGCAGUUCUUUGUCACGCAAGUUGAGGUCGAUGAUGGGGGGGGCGUCUCACAUGCAUAACGAUCACGUGAAGGUGAUGACUACUAGAGAAGUCUACAGGUUCUGGAGCCUGGUCCCGUUCAGCCUGGAGGCGCUGGUCCAGCGCCUCCGCGUGUGGCAGGCUAUUGCGCGCAGCCCUCGACAACAUAGCCACAUCCUGGGCGUCUUCUUCGGGGGAAUGAAGUGGGGGCUGACUAGUGAGUGCAGAUGCCCACCGACGCUAGUGGAAUCUGGGCAGUUCAAUUCUGAUGCUGUUAUUCAUCCUUGGGCGCGUCGGCUGCGACGCGAUCUCGAGGCCCUCUGCGACCGCCCAGGGGCGGAGUACUUUUCGCUGGUCUGGGAGAGCCGCUCGCUGAGGGACCUGCUGUGGGACGAGGAGGUGAACGGCUUCUUUGUCUCCCUUGACGUAAGGUGCUUGCGGAGCGCCUUUGCUGCUGUGCAGUGGGCACCGCCUGGCCGAGACGCCGUGAUCUGCCUCCGCGGGAGGCUCGCCUGCGGGGCUCUGACUUGCGCACAGCGGCCCGCCUGUUCGUCCCCGCUGCCGCUGGAGGUGCGACUGCCCGCGCUGCAUCCGCUCCUGCAGGUGGCGCAGCUGCUCGUGAUGGAGGUCGAGAAGAAGGGCCGCUGGCGCCCGCAGGUGGCGGCCUCCUCGGCCAGCUCGCGGACUGGUGGAGCGCAGUCCAAGCCCGCCGACAGCGACAGUCGCAAGAGCCAGAAGGACAGCAAGGGCACCAGGCUGGCGCGGGGCGAUGCGGGCUUGGAGGGCGCCGCAGUAAAGCCGAAGACACGUCGUGGCGGACGGCGCCGCGCGGGGGGCAAGGAGCGCAAGCUCACGACGAAGGGCGCAGGCCUCAAGGACCUCCUCCCGCACCUCUCCAUGCUGGUGUCGCAGCUGGCGCAGAGGUCUCGGGCGACGUGGGGCAUCGCCACGCGCGCGGCGAUCCUGGAGGACAAGUCGCCGGUGAUCAAGGCGAUGCAGCAGGAGGGCCAGGACUUCGCGCAGGUGGCGAACCGGAAGCGCGCGUGGGUCAGCAGGCUGAAGGACCAGGCCAAGGCGGCGAAGGGCACGGACGGAGCAGCGGCCCGCCAGUUCGACCAGGAGGCCGACAGGAUGAUGGAGGGACUCCGCGGCUUGGGCCCUCCAGCGCCAGCGGUCUUCUGCGCCAUGAUCGAGGCGCUGGCGAACGAGGAGAUCGGCAAGAGGCUCAAAGACGUCCUGGUCGCACUACUGGCCGAGAUGGAGGAGGCGCCUCCCGCCCACGUUCGCCUGUGCCGCCUGGAGAGCUGCAAGCAGCCCGACAUGCUGAAGGUGGUGUUCGCGCUGGACCGCGUGGACCUCGAGAUGCAGGUGAUGGAAGCGUUGCGCUCGAUGGGAGUAGCGACGACGGUGGGCGCAGCGCCGAGUGGGUACCUCGAGGACGAGAUCUCGGCCUGGAUCGAUGUGCUGAAGGACGCCUGA